UGGGCCGGACGACUGGCGACCACCCAUGCGCUCGCUGCCCUCGUUCCCGCUUCGGCCACCUUCCCCCCAAAUUUUCCCUAUCUCGUACUUCCCCUGAAAAAAAGAAAUAAAGAAAAAAGGCGGCGGCGGCGGCGGCGGCGCGCGUGAAGCAGCGCCAAGGGCACAAUCAGGAACGGCAAGCCGGCGACCAGGACGGACAUCAGCUCCCUCUUUGGUGACUUUCUCCUCAGCCAGGCUGCAGGGUCACCCACUAGAACGGAGCCUGGGAAAAUGGUGUCCACCCUUCUCCCAACCUUAUCAUUGCCGGUUUCACGGGCCACUGCAUUCCUCCUCGGAACCCCACUAAAAUCCUUCCGCUCUCACCAUCCUCUUCUCCGCAGCUUCCUUGCUUCUGCUUCUUCCCUAUCAUCCCCUCCUACUCCCCGCUCCCUCGUCACCAUGGCCUCCGCGGCUAUCCCCGCCCGCCGGGACCUCCUCAUGCUCGGCAUCGAGACCAGUUGUGACGACACUGCCGCCGCCGUGGUCAGAGGUGAUGGGGAGAUCCUUAGCCAAGCGAUUGCUUCCCAAUCAGAUUUGCUUGUAAAAUGGGGCGGUGUUGCUCCUAAGAUGGCCGAAGAAGCUCAUGCUCUUGCAAUUGAUCAGGUUGUUCAGAAAGCACUUGAUGACGCAAAUGUUUCAGAGAGUGAUCUUUCUGCUGUGGCCGUGACCAUUGGACCAGGACUUAGUCUAUGCCUUAGAGUUGGUGUUCACAAAGCUCGGAAAAUAGCAAAAGUAUUUCACUUGCCUAUUGUUGGAGUUCACCAUAUGGAGGCACAUGCAUUAGUUUCCAGGCUAGUGAACAAGGACCUUGAUUACCCAUUUUUGGCUCUUCUAAUUUCAGGUGGACACAAUCUUCUUGUUCUUGCUCAGAAUCUUGGUGAGUAUGUUCAACUGGGGACUACAAUAGAUGAUGCAAUUGGCGAGGCAUAUGACAAGUCAGCAAGAUGGCUGGGUCUUGAUAUACGGAAAGGUGGUGGUCCUGCUCUUGAAGAGCUUGCCCUAGAAGGUGAUCCAAAUUCUAUUAAUUUCAGAGUUCCGAUGCGACAACACAAAGAUUGCAAUUUCUCUUAUGCUGGUCUCAAGACUCAAGUUCGAUUGGCCAUUGAAUCCAGAAAUCUGUGCACAGAUGAUAUCCCCAUUUCAUCUGCAACAGAAGAAGACAGACAACUAAGGGCAAACAUUGCUGCCUCUUUCCAGCGGAUAGCUGUUCUACAUUUGGAGGAUAGAUGCCAGCGAGCAGUUGAAUGGGCAUUGAAGAUGGAGCCUUCUAUUAAACACUUUGUUGUUUCAGGUGGUGUUGCAUCGAACCAGUAUGUUAGGGCGCACUUGAAUCAUAUUGCUGAGAAGAAUGGCCUACAGCUUGUAUCCCCUCCCCCAAGUCUUUGUACUGACAAUGGUGUCAUGAUUGCUUGGACUGGAAUCGAGCACUUUCUUGCCGGUAGAUUUGAAGAUCCACCUCCCGCUGAUGAGCCUGAUGAUAUGCAGUAUGAGUUGCGUCCAAGAUGGCCUCUUGGUGAAGAAUAUUCAGAAGGAAGAAGUGUUUCACGAUCAUUGAGAACAGCUAGGAUCCAUCCAUCACUUACAUCCAUGACGAAGAGCUCUCGCAACUAGUUCGGUCAGACCAUCGAUCUUGGCUGCUUGCUGCCAUUGAGUUCCACAUCAUCCAGUUUUGGGACCAUUACCUGGGUAGCCCUGCUCCCCUUUAUUUGUCAUUGCAGUAAUUAGCUUCAAAGGCUUGAGCUGAUUAGCUGUUCAUUUGUUCCUUGUACAUCUGAGAAGCAAUAAACCAGCCCUGUUUAUAUACAAGAUGUUUACCGCUCCGUGACUUGAUAUUUGAAUCCAUAUCAUAUUUAUGCAUAUGAGAUGUAUUCCUUGUGA